CACACCUGGCAAUUGAUGUUGGGCUGUGAGCUCUGGGAAGACGGGAGCAAAGGAGGGUUUUUGCACUAUGGCUACAAUGGGAGGGACUUCAUCAGCUUCGACAAAGAGACCCUCAGAUGGGUGGCAGCUCAGCCUCAGGCCGAGAAAGUCAAGGAUAAGUGGGAAGAUCAUCCAGGAUGGUCCCAGAGAAAUAAAGUCUUCCUGGAGGAGACCUGCAUUGAGUGGCUGCAGAGAUACCUGCCCUACAAGAAGGAGGCUCUGCAGAAGACCGAGGCCCCAGUGGGGAAGGUGACCCACAAGGAGGUGGAUGACAGCCUGGAGGUCCUCAUCUGCCAGGCCUUUGGCUUCUAUCCCAAGCAGAUCCAGGCCACCUGGACGAGGGACGGAGAGGCCUGCCUGUAUGAGACCCUCCCUAGGAACGUGGUCCCCAACUCGGACGGCACCUAUUAUGUCUGGCUCAGCAUUGAUAUCGACCCCAAGGAGAGGGACCGUUAUCGGUGUCACCUGGAGCACCAGGGCCUGCAGGAGCCCCUGAUUUUGGCUUUCAAGGAGGAAACAGGUGAGAGACUGGAGAGAGUCUCUUUGGUCUUAAUAGACGUACUUCAGAGGACCAAAUAUCAGGAACUCAGGAAUCAAAGAAAAAGCCCCAUAAAUGAGCUGGGAAGUGCUAGAAAACCCAUCAUCCUGCCUCUGAAGAAGAUCAGGGAACUUCAGGUGGAAG